UCCCCCAAACGGUUGGUGGACCAGUUCAGUAUGGCGGACGGCGAGGACGGUUCCAGUGCAGACGACAGUUGGUUUUUUGACUCCCUCGCUCACCUAACGCCAGAACCGCCCACAAAAAGGACCAUGUGCGACAGAUGCGGCCGACCUGCGACGGUGUGCCUGUGUCCGUUCCUACCCAGACAGCCUCUGCAGGUGUCCACCACAGUUUACAUUAUACAACAUCCACAUGAGGAAACCCGUGUGCUGCGGACAGUCCCUCUCCUGGCAGCCUGCCUCCCUCCUGACAGAUGUCAUGUCAUCAGGGGGAAGAGGUUCAAACAGGGACACCACCCAGAACUGGAGCUGAUGCUGUCCUCCCCUUACACAUAUGUACUAUACCCAAGUGAUGACGCACUCAACAUUGAGGAGGUCACCAUGACAACACAGCUAGCCAAUCAGGACACACCACCCUACAAUAUGGUCAUCAUUGAUGGCACCUGGACACAGGCCCGUGACAUCUAUACAGCCAAUGAGAUUUUCCACCUUCCUAAACAGGUGAAGUUGAGUGGAACAGGAGUCAGUGAGUAUGUCAUCAGGACCCAGCCCACUGACAACAGUCUGUCCACACUGGAAACUGCUGCUGUUGCCAUGGCUGCGCUUGAGCGACGCCCAGAGAUUAAGGAGGUGCUAUUUGCCCCCCUGCGUGCCUUAUGUAAGUUCCAAUUGGAAUGUGGAGCCCAGCCUCACCAGAGUAAGGAGUACCUGAAGAGUAGGGGGCUUUACAAGAAACCUUCACCUCAUCACACCCCUGAGAACAGGAGGCUCUGCAAGAAAACCUCUCCUCACAACACUACAGGAAAAGCAGGGCUAUGACACAGGCUCUCAUCUAGACUCAUAUUCAUGUUGCUUUUCAGAUUCAGGCCAUAGGAAGUAACUUAUAUGAAUGACAUCGUGCAUGAACUGUCAGAAAACCGAUAGAUGUUUACGACAUGUUUGACCGUUUUUGUCACGUUGACCACAUUGAGAGGAAGAAAUUUCUUCCUUUUGUUUUAAUUCAGGCAAAAAUAGUGCAUGUGCUGAUGUCAUCCAUAUAAAGAAUUACUUGCUGUGGCCCUAACAAAAAAAAACUAGUGCUGAAUUGGAAGAUCAACAUAAAAACAGUAUGAUGGGAAAGUCUGUACCUUGGUGAACAGAGUUCCGAAGAGUUUAACUUUAAGAUUCAAGAGAUUCCUCCCGGUCUUCUGUUUUCUUGCUGCUCUUUCUGAAUUCUCACUGUAGAAUUAGCCUUGAAUUUAGUCUUGUUAGCUUAAGUCUACAUUCCUACAGUCGCUCCUUGCCAACAUGGGAGGUGAACAAAGCUAACAAGGCUGGGCUCCAGGCUACUGUUAAAUGGCCAACAGCAGUUUUAGACAGGAUUUUGUUCAUAUUAUACAUUCUACUUAUGUAUUGGUCAGUUUCCAAUGUGUCAGUUAGAUUGUUACGCCACAGCAAGGGCAUUAUCAGUGUAUACUGACAGGCAUAAUACCCUUGACCACAGAAGUUGGACUACUUACAGUAACAGUUGUAUUUUCCAGCUGGUGGUAGAAGUAAAUUUGGAAUGACAAAUAUUUUUUGAUAUACUUUUAUUACAAUAAUUUGUUAGAAAUAUUAAACAAUAAUCCAAAGAAAAUCAGAUUGGCUUUUGUUAAUGAAUAUCUUGAUGUCAACUCAAGAUGAUUCCCUACUGAAGACUAGGUAUUUUGUGGACUGGCCUAUUCAUUUAUUGAACAACAUGUAAGCUACUGGUAACCUAACUGGUAGCCUGUAACCUUUUUCAUGAGUUGAUGUUUUACUGGUCCUGGUCUUCCUAAACCUCUCUCUAGCCAACUUUUCUGAUUCCUGCUGUCUUUGAGAGCAAAUUAUAAAAUGAACACUGUAAAGAUUCCCAGCACCAUAGAGAUACCGGGAAUUCAGGUUACCAAAAUACCAGCUACAAGUGUUCACCUACCAUGUAUGUUUUUGUUGAUUAUGAGGUCCUAAGAAAUGGCUUUCAUAACCCAGCAGCCCUCUUCUAUUUAACUGCCAGAAUGUCUAAAAACACACGUCAGUGACAUUAGCAUCUUAAUCAUUCGUCUAAAUUAGUCCUGUGGAAGUUUGCAGCAUGUGCACUUCCUCUGUGAGUGUCAAUACAUGAUACAUUUACAUUUAAGCCUGAGAACAAAGGUGUGCAAACAUGGGAAGAUGGGGAACAACAGAUGCUCAACUGAAAAGUGAGUGAGUGUGGGUAACUUGUAAUGUCAUGCACGCCUCAAAGACAAAUCAACUGUUAUCCAAGGAACUGUUAUAGAAUCCCUUUACAAAUUUUGUGUUAUCUUUUGAAGGUUGGGGAACUGAACACACCUUGCACAGUUCUGCAAGUUCUUGCUCAUAUUUUCUUUAUUACUAUCAUUUCUAUGGUGGGUGCUAAUGAUCAUUGUUCUGUGUAAGAAAUUUAAUGUUACAUCCGA